UCCGAAACCCUACCGCCCGCCACCCGCGCCGCCGUCGCCGAGCACGAGCACCAGCACCACCCCGAGCGACCGAGCGGAGAACUCGAAGCGAGACCAGCCAACAUGGCAGCGGCUGCGGUCUACGGCGCCGGCGGCGCGAUGAAGGGCGGGAAGCUCGGCAUGGAGGAGGCGCGGGAUCUGCAGCUCAACCGCAUCCGCAUCACCCUCUCCUCCAAGAACGUCAAGAACCUCGAGAAGGUUUGCGCCGAUCUGGUGAAGGGCGCCAAGGACAAGCAGCUGCGCGUCAAGGGCCCCGUCAGGAUCCCCACCAAGGUGCUCCACAUCACCACCCGCAAGUCCCCGUGCGGAGAAGGAACAAACACAUGGGACCGUUUUGAGUUUCGCAUCCACAAGCGGGUGAUUGAUCUCAUCAGCUCCCCAGAUGUUGUGAAGCAGAUCACCUCCAUCACCAUCGAGCCUGGUGUUGAGGUUGAGGUGACGAUCGCCGAUGUGUAAUGCUGCCAAAUUAGCACUACCUUAGACCUACCUGUCUUGCUUCUUCUUAGAAUCUCAGCUCCGAUUGCCAUGAGUGUAACGGACAUCCAACUGGUUUAGUGUUUCUGGUCUUCAUAUUUGCGUGGAUGUUAUGGAUCUAUUCAUGUAAGAGAUGUAACUUGCCAGUUUUGCUUCAACCACAAAUUUGGUGUUUGAUUGAAAUUUUGUUUGGCA